AGCUUUGAUGACUCGGGCGUUGAAGAAUGUUGAAAGUAAAUCGUAAUAAAGGAUCGAAUAUCCACGUAAACGUCUGCUAACUGCUCGCUAGCUCAAAGCUAACAGUUGAGAGUCGUUUGUGUUGAUGAUCGGAUUUACAAUAUCUUCCUGAGACGCUUUUCCUCGGAAGAAAUGCCUGCGAUAUUGAGCUCCAGACCACAGACUGGUCUGUCUUUUUUGGCACCUGAACCAGAGGACCUUGAAGAUCUUUACAGCAGAUAUAAGAAACUGCAACAGGAACUGGAGUUCCUAGAAGUGCAGGAGGAGUAUAUUAAAGAUGAGCAAAAAAACCUGAAGAAAGAGUUCCUUCAUGCACAGGAAGAGGUGAAACGGAUACAAAGCAUCCCACUCGUCAUUGGGCAGUUCCUGGAAGCGGUUGAUCAAAACACAGCAAUUGUUGGCUCCACCACAGGCUCUAACUACUACGUGCGCAUCCUGAGCACCAUUGACAGAGAACUGCUGAAGCCCAAUGCCUCUGUGGCCCUGCAUAAGCACAGCAAUGCCCUGGUGGAUGUGCUUCCCCCUGAAGCUGACAGCAGCAUCAUGAUGCUGACGUCUGACCAAAAGCCGGAUGUCAUGUAUGCGGACAUUGGUGGUAUGGACAUCCAGAAGCAGGAAGUCAGAGAAGCUGUGGAGCUGCCUCUCACCCACUUUGAGCUCUACAAACAGAUUGGCAUAGACCCACCCAGAGGCGUUCUCAUGUAUGGACCUCCAGGAUGUGGGAAGACAAUGUUGGCCAAGGCUGUCGCGCACCACACUACAGCCGCUUUUAUCCGUGUGGUGGGCUCAGAGUUUGUCCAGAAAUACUUGGGUGAGGGACCUCGCAUGGUGCGUGAUGUAUUCCGGCUGGCAAAAGAAAAUGCUCCCGCUAUUAUUUUCAUCGACGAGAUCGACGCCAUCGCCACCAAGCGUUUUGAUGCACAGACUGGAGCUGACAGAGAGGUCCAGAGAAUCCUCCUGGAGCUGUUGAAUCAAAUGGACGGCUUUGACCAGAAUGUCAAUGUCAAGGUUAUCAUGGCCACCAACAGAGCGGACACACUUGACCCUGCCCUGCUACGCCCUGGUCGUCUUGACAGAAAGAUCGAGUUCCCGCUGCCUGACCGCAGGCAAAAACGUCUGAUUUUCUCCACCAUCACCAGUAAAAUGAAUCUCUCAGAGGAGGUGGACCUGGAAGACUAUGUGGCCCGUCCUGACAAGAUUUCUGGUGCCGAUAUCAAUUCCAUCUGCCAGGAGGCUGGCAUGUUGGCAGUGCGGGAGAACAGGUACAUCGUGUUGGCCAAGGACUUCGAGAAAGCCUACAAGACGGUCAUCAAAAAGGACGAGCAGGAACAUGAAUUCUACAAAUAAAAAUAUUCAUUUUAAGUGUCAAGAAAGAAAUCAAUUCAACUUUGGUUUGUCUGUGUAAUCGGUGUAUGUUGUCGGGGUUUCUCAGUCCCUGACCUGCACUGCUUGAUGGAUGACCUGCCAGGUCACCUAAGGUCGGAUUAUCUUGGACAUCUCAACACCUUGUGGUAUCGUGUUUUGUCUUUGUACAGCCAAGCAAGUGGUUCUUAAAACAAUGUGCUCAUGACGACCACUCAGCGGAAACAUUUGUAUCUAUAUACACACACACUCGACAAUACCCAUUAAAGUGUUUUCCAAAUAAAAAGUGG